UGGAAGUUCGACACGUCAGGAUCGAGCGGCCAGUUACUCGCCGGCUUUCGUGCUGUGCAGUCGCUCGCUCGCCAUGAGACGGAGGCUGCUGCUGGUGUCCAACUCGACGCUGUACGGCGGCGGCUACCUGCAGCACUGCCAGGAGCAGAUCGCCACUUUCUUCGGACUACACAUUAAGAGGAUUCUCUUCAUUCCGUAUGCGCUGCAUGACCAAGACAGUUACGCCACAACGGUGACAGAGAAGUUUCAAAGUCUGGGUUAUGAAGUGGACAGCAUCCACAAAGCCCUGAAUCCUGUGGAGGCCGUCAGGAAGGCGGAGGCCAUCUUUAUCGGAGGAGGAAAUACGUUUCGCCUCUUAAAGGCACUAUAUGAGAAGAAUCUGGUGUCGGAAAUCAGGAAGCGAGUGCUGCAGGAUGGAGUGCCUUUCAUGGGCUCAAGCGCUGGGACCAACGUGGCCACCAUCAGCAUCCACACCACCAAUGACAUGCCCAUUGUGAUGCCACCUACACUUGGGGCUAUUGGUUUGGUGCCAUUCAACAUCAACCCUCACUACCUGGACCACGACUCCUCGAGUCGCCACAUGGGGGAGUCACGAGAGCAGCGCCUCACGCAGUACCACGAGGAGCCCAACACGCCCAGCGUCCUGGCUCUGCGUGAAGGGUCCAUGUUGCUGGUCGAGGAGAACAAAGCGACGCUUUUGGGGUCUACGAGGGCCCGUCUCUUUGCCAGGGGAAAGCCGGCCACCGAAUACGAGCCUGGUGCAGAUCUCAGUUUCCUGCUCAGCGGAGAGUCCUGGCUGUAAUGCGAGACCCCCGGCCGGCCACUUGUCCCAUGGAGGGCUGCUUUAAUGUUUCAUGCCCUGGUGGGCACUGAAUAAAAGAUGGCAGGAGGUUAUGUUUAGGUUGGUCCUGCUGCUUUCCUCGUGA